GGGGGGAGUUCAGAGGAGGGUUCACAGGUCCUCUGGGCUGAUCCUCCACUCUGAGGAACAAAAAUGUGAAGUUACCACUGACUCCUCUCACAUUUCUCUGACUACCUCUCUGUGACUCUGCAUCUCCUAUAGGAGAAUAAUGAAGUAUCUACUGGCUGCUCAAAUCCUCGUUCUGCUCUGUGCUUUAGCAUCAGUGUGUGUUCUCGGGAUUCUGUAUCACAAAGAAAUAUAUUCCAAUGCCAUGUUAAGUAAGAAGUAUGCAAAUGUUACAGCCAUGAUGCAGAUGCAAGAGCACAGAGCUAUAGAGAAGGAGAAACUAAGUGCAGUGUGGAAAUGGAAAUAUCAGCGAAUUCAUGAGCUCCUCAUUGCACGCAAAGCAAGUGAAAAUUGUGGAAUUUGUGAGGAAGGAUGGAAGGCUCUUGGUUUAAAGUGUUACUAUUUCUCCACUGUUCAAAUGAACUGGACACAGAGUCAAGAUUACUGUGUGGAGAAAGGAGGCCACCUGGUCAUUAUAACCAGCCAACCUGAACAGGAUUUUGUAGUUUCACAAAUCAGAGAAACACACUGGAUUGGCUUGAAUGACUUGGAGACUGAGGGACAGUGGAUGUGGGUCAACAACCAGCCCUUAAAGGAGACGGGUGUAACGUUCUGGUACAGUGCUCCAGAGGGACCAAAUCAGCCUGAUAACUGGAAAAUUCAGGACCCUUCUGGAGAGAACUGUGCUGCUCUGGGGGAUGAAAAUGGACGAAGAACAGAGGAGGAUGAUUAUGUGAAUACACAGAACUGGCAUCCAGACAUGUCUGAUCACACUGAGCUGAAAGACAAGAAGGAAACAAGAACAAUCUUUAUAUCUUCUUUUGGUCUCAUCCUAAUAGUUGGUGCUUUAUCAGCACUCUGCGCUGUAGGAAUCCUUUACAUAGAAAAACUGCAUGAAGCACUGAAGGUGGAGCUUCAGCAAGUUCAGGAAGAUCUCGCAGCAUGCAGUGCAAAUCAAAACAAGGGACAAUGUGAGGAAGGAUGGAAGUCUCUUGGUUUAAAGUGUUACUACUUCUCCUGUUUUAAACUGGACUGGACACAGAGUAGAGAUUACUGUGUGGAGAAAGGAGGCCAUCUGGUCAUUAUAACCAGCCAAAUUGAACAGGAUUUUGUAGCUUCACAAACUGAAGAAACACACUGGAUUGGCUUGAAUGACUUGGAGACUGAGGGGCAGUGGAUGUGGGUCAACAACCAGCCCUUAAAGGAGACGGGUGUAACAUAAGAACCGUGGACACUUACACACUCUUUAAAUGUUCCAACAAUGUAUAAACUUAUACUUAUUAUUUGAUUUAGGUUCUGGUAUAGACAUCCAGAUGGAAUAAGUGAGCCUGAUAACUGGAAAGUGGAAGACCCUGCUGGAGAGAACUGCGCUGCUCUGGGUCAUGAUAAAUGGUUUGAUGCUUCGUGUCGUAAGCUGAAACAAUUCAUCUGUGAAAUAUAAAAUACCUCUCUUGUACUUGGAUUUGUGUAAAGAUCAGAUUUACCUUUAAAUGGAUGUCACUUUUUAAACUAGAGGAAAUCUUUUACAUAAUCUGUAAUAUUUCACAUUUUAAAAGGUCUUGGAUUUCAGACCUGCAGGUUCGAAUGCCUAAUAUUUUUAAAGAGAUUAUCGAAGCUUGUGUAAACCUCUAGACCAGAAGAACUAGAUUAGAAGAUGAUAUGAGACAAUGUAUGCGUCUUUUCUCUCAUUUCCUUGUAUAAACGUCAGCAUUUGACAACAGUUUGACUAUCAUGAAAAUCUUCAUUAGAGCUUUAACUUCUUAUACACUUUUGUAUUUAAUAAUACUGUUCAAUCAAGCUGAUUCGACAGUGCCACACCUGCAAACUCAUCACCUUUCGACUUCUUGUUGUUGUUGCAAUUGAGGGAAGUUUUUUAUAAAAAAGUAUCGUUUCCGAGUGUCACGUCCCAGUGGGCAAUUUGAUGUCGAAACGAUUCUUCAAUUGAUGUCGAAACAACAUCAAAUUGACGCCAAAAAAUUAUGUCAAAAAACAAGUCAAAAAUGCAAAUCAAAUUUGACAUCCACAUAUUGACGUCUUAUUUUGAACACCAAAAUAAUGACAAAAAAGUAAUUAAAGCAAGAAAUAUUUUAUUUACCACACGUUUGGCCCUUUUGGACACUUUCUUAGUCCGAACACAUCCAUUGUCAAAACCAUCCUUAUUCAGGUUACAGGGGUCUGCUGGAGCCUAUCCCACCCUGCCAGUCCAUCACAGGGUCACACAUAUAGACAGACAACUACACACUCACUUCUAUGGCCAAUUUAGAAUUACCAACCAACCCGAUGUCCAUGUCGAACCUGGGAUUCGAACCCAGGACCCAGGUGGCUAACCACUAAGCCACCAUGCUGCCCAUUAGUCUGAACAAAAGGUAAAAUUAAAAUAAAUAGGUAAAAUUCUGUUCACAUAAACUAAACUAGCAAAGCAAGCUAAACUAAUACAGGAUAUAAAAAUGUUGGAAAAUAGCAUAGACAAAAAGUACCACACGUCCUUGCACAGAGUCAUAUUUCAUUAAAACAUUUAAAAGUUGCCCAAAAUAAUUUAUAUUCUACAUUUUUAUGAGUUGUCAACACAUUUACCUACAUGAUAAAAAGACACAGCGCGAGUCAGUGAGCCUGAUAAAAGUUCACGUUAAUGAGAAAGGGAAGGGUUUGUUAGGAUUGAUUCUGGAGUCUUCAAUUGGAUCUCGUCGCCUCUCCCCCGUUGCAAAGCGGUGUGGCGGUGAACAGCAGAGAAAGCAUUUCUUAAUGCGAAAAGGAAUAAUUUCAGGGAAUAAUAAAAAUAAAUAAAUAUUAGAUUAAUUUCAAAUUUGGAGGGAUGCCUGUUAUUGUUAUUCAGACAAGAAAUGUCAAGGUUUUUUCACUGUGAAGAAUUAGACCUACUGUAAAUUAAUUAACUGGCAAUACAUUAUUACAAACAGUAUAGUAAUUGUAAUUACACAGCAUUAUGGUAUCAUUAAAAAAAAAUAAAAAAAAUAAUAACCAGCCCAAAAUAUUUUUUGUUGUUGUUUUUUAAAUGACUGAGAUUAAAGGGAAAGUCAGCAGAUGCCAAAUGAUGAGGCCUUAUAAGAAGUGCUAAACAGCUGAAUUAUUGAUGUCAAUGUGAUGUCAACAUGACAUCAAUUUCACGUCUAAAACAUGACAUUGAUUUGAUGUCAAUUGAACGUCAAACAUUUUGGCCUACAUAUAUAAUAAACCAAUUUCAGAGUAGGAUUAACUUCCUAUUUUAAAUCAAUUACCACUGGAAGAAAUUGCCUCCAAACUGAAUUUAAAAUAAUGUUAUAGCAUCUUGAUCAAGUCUUGACUAAUAUUUGACAUCAAAUUGAUACCAACAUGCCCGCUGGGGUACCAAGCCUUGAUUUCUGCCUGCUUAGUCUUUGAUGUGUAUGAUCCUUGCCUGUUUGCCUUGAUUACAAGUUUCGGUUUCUGUUUCUGUUUUGAUCGCCAGUGUUUUGCUUUUCCAGUUUUUGACUCUUUGCUUGCUUACCUGUUUACAAUUGUGCCUGCCAUCUUCAAUAAAUAUCUGCAUAUGGAUUCAGACACUCACAUGUCCUUACAUGUAGGCAUAUUGGGUUAAGGAGGGUAACAGAGGAUAGGUAAUAAGACACAUGGUUUUGUUCACUCAUUCAUAAGAACAGCUUUACACUGCAGUAUUUGAUGCAGUAUUGGGUUUGACUGAACAGCUCCAAUAAGGCAAUAACGUGUUGGUCAGGUUAAAACAACUCUAAGACAUGACUCUUUAACUUGAUCAUGGCAGUUCAUGUUUCAAAAUAUUGGCCACUAGAUGGCAGUAAUGAUGCACAGCUUCUGAAUUCUGGACACCCUGCAAUACAUAUUUAAUAUUCUUUUGUCAAACCCUAUGACAUACGUAAGUAAAAGCCAGCUACUUUGAAAAAGUCUUUAGGUUCCACCACAGUUCCUGUUGGUAUAUGUAAAUAAUUGCACUCACAAGUACAAAGUAACCAGCUCAGAAAUCAAGGAAAUUAUAUCUUUAUAAUAGGAUCAGAAAUGAGAGACACACAAAAAGUUUCUGCUUGUCUUUGAUAAGAAUGACUGUGUAAAGAACUGAAGUGAAGAAUCUUGAGCUUUUUACUCUCGUUUACUCCCAUCAUCAAAAAAACAAAAAAAAAAAACAAACACUUUUGCAUCAAAAUAUGUUUUGUUUUGACAGAAAAGAACAAAGACAUUGUACGAAAUGUUGAAGGUGAAAGAGUGAGUUCAUAAACAUCUUUCUGCAAGCAGAGGUAAGGGAGAGCGAGACAG